UUUUUUUCUAAUUUCUCUUUCUCCUUCUCUUACUUGUUAGUCUCUUUUCUUUUGUUAUUUAUCUUUUUCUUUCUGGUCUGUAUGAUUCUCAAUUCUAAUCGAUUACUAAAUCUUGUUUCUCUCUCAUCAUCCUCAUCCCCAUCUUCAUCUCUCCAUCAUCAUAAAUUUUUCAACAAUUCACCUCAAUUCCCUCAUAUGUUGAUUGUUUUCAUAAUUUCUCUCUCUCUCUCCGAUUUCCUCAUCCCUCUUGUUUAUCAUCAUCUGUGUUAAUUUCUGUUUAACUUUCAAUAUUUGUAGUAUUUAUUAGCACCAAUAUUAACUAAUAAUUCGUAUUAGUAAACAAUCAACAUCAUUUUCUCAUCAUCAUCUUCAUCAGCUCAUCUAUUCCUCUUCCUUUUUUUUUGACUUGUGUUGUUUUUUUUUCUUCUUCCUUCUAUUGAGAAGAAAAUUAAACAUCUUCGGGAUGUUUUUCUAUGUGUAAAUAAUGACCUGGUGAUAAAAGAAAACGAAGGAGAAAUUAUCUCUCUUUUCCUUGUGAAAAGGUAAUAAAUUAUUUCUGGUUUUACCAUGAGUGAGGUGGAAAAAUUAUCUUCUGAAAGGGAUGCCCUUAAAAAGGAGAUUGAAAGGCUUCAAGAGGAACUCACCCUUUCAGCUAAAGAGAAACACCAAUCUGCUGAGUUGGGCCUUCAUUUGUUGGAUGAAAAAGAUAAACUUCAAGUGCGAUACGAUGAACUGGAAUCUUUACACGAAGCAACUCGAACAGAAUUGGAAGCCUUGCGAAAUGCUUUCGCUUCAUUUCAGACAAGUCAAAAGGUAUCAGCGGACAGAGGGAUCGAGCAAGAGGAGAGUUUACUUCAAGAAUCUGCAUCCAAGGAGGCCAAGUUUGCGACCGCUUUACAUGAGCUUGAAAGAGAAUUGAAAUUGGUUCGUUCGGAAUUGGCUCGAGUGGAAGCAGAAAAGGAAAGGUUACUCUCUGAGCAUAGCGAUCUAUCCAAGCAGCUGGAAAUCUCAGAAUGGGAAAGGAAAAACAUGAGAAUAGAGAUAAAAGAACUGAAAAUGAGAGAAUCAAGAUUAUCUAGUGACAUGAAUGAAUUGGAAGAUGAGAAUAUAAGUUUACAAAAGACCGUUUCUAAUCUUAAAUCGAAUCAAAUCGAUUAUGAGACUGCUAAACACGAAGUUCGACGUUUACAUGAAGAGAUUGAACUAAGACGACUUCAAGUUGAAGAAUUUGAAACUUUGAAAAAUAUCGCCGAAAAGCAGAUGAAAGAAGCAUUGGAAGCAUUAGAAUCGGAGAGAGAACAAAAAUACGAGCUAAAGAAAAAACUAGACGAACGAUUAACCAGUGAUCCAAUGUUAAACAUGACCAAUUUUGGCCUUCGAUUUCCAGGGUUAGCUGUUUUCGAGAGUCAAGUGUCAGCUGAUGCAUCGGCCGGCGAGGUACUUGACGAGGAAGGAUCUUCACCUUUACUCCACCAAUUGGAAUCUGAUAUGUUAAAUGCAAGGAAUGCAUGUGAAGGAUCUGAACACGAUUCUUAUGGCCAUGAUGGAUCAACCUCACAACCUUCAUCUCUUUUCGGUGAAGUUCAUCUAACCGAAAUCAAGAAGCUAGAAAAAGGUUUAGAAUUGGCUGAGAACGAGAAAAAUCAACUUACCCUUAAACUCAGUGAGACUCACAAUCUAUUGGAAUCAACGAAAGCUGAAUUAUUGGCUCAACAGUCACGACUUUCCAAGUUAACCAAUCAUAUCAGCAAUAUAAUUAACAGUGAAGGCAAUAAUGAGAUGGUUAAUUCAUUUGAAACUGAAUUCCCUGAAUGUAAACAAUUUAUUGGUCAAUUGUGUGAUAGAAUAAGAAAAUCAAAAGAAAGUCCCGAAGGAGAAGAUGAACUCAAUGAAAUUAAACGACAAUUAAAAGAAUGUGAACUCAUUCGUGAUAGUCUUACAUCGGAUCUUGACCUUUUAAACAAUUUUGCCGAUGAAACAACUUCCGGUUCCAUCGCAACCGUUGAAGAUCUUAACCGGAUAUCGGAAAAAUUGGCCACCCUUUAUUACCAUAUUUGUUCCGUUAGCGGUGAAGAACCAUAUCGAAUUAUUUUAGAUCAUGCAAAUAAAUCGGAAGCACCUUUAAGCCUACGAACGGAAGGACUUAAAGAUCGUUUAACUGAUGAACGAAGUCGUAAACUUUUAGCCAAUUGGAAAUCUGGAAUUCUAGCCACCUCCGAGUGUCGUAAGACAAUGGAUACCAUUGACGAUCAGAUGAGACACUUGAACAAUGCAGUUGAAUUGAUUAUCGAAAUGAAAACACCCGCUCGAACCAAAAUUACCACCGAAAAUAAUAAUACAUCAUCCGCCUCUCAACAACAUUCCCUUUCCACCAAUUCUUCCGGAAUUGCUUCAUCACCUUCACCCUAUUCGGUUGGUGAUGCAUCGGAAGAGUUGAUCAAAUUAAAAGCUCUUUUGGCGACAAAGAGAGAACAGAUCGCUACCCUUCGAACCGUUCUCAAGGCCAAUAAACAGACCGCCGAAGUGGCCCUGGCCAAUUUAAAAUCUAAAUACGAAACUGAAAAGGCCGUGGUAACCAAAACCAUGACAAAAUUGAGGAAAGAAUUGAAAGCGUUAAAAGAAGAUGCUGCCACUUUUGCCUCUCUCAGGUCAAUGUUCUCUGCCCGAUGUGAAGAGUAUGUCGCCCAAAUCGAUGAAUACCAGCGACAAUUAAAAUCAUCCGAAGACGAAAAGAAAACCUUAAACUCUCUCCUACGAAUGGCCAUCGGUCAGAAAUUAACUUUAACCCAAAAAGUUGAAGAAAUGGAAAUGGACCGAGAACGUAAUUUACUUUCAUCACCUUCAAACAGCGGAGGUAAAAAUGCCACAAUUAAAGAUGGAGCCUACAAGUCAAACUUAUCUCGUGGUCCAAAUCGUACGAGAGCUUUGUUCACUCGCAAUUUAGGCGGUCCAAGGCCACCUUCAUCGCCCAGUAAUCAUGCAUCUAGACCGCAAAGCGGACGAGGAGAUUGAAAAUCAUUAGAAAUAAAUUAUAACUCAAAUCAACCAAAAAAAAAUGGAUAAAUUGUGAAAGGGCAAUUACAAUCACGCUGAUCAGAGUCUCAAUGAACAUUUAAACAGAAAAAAAUGCAAUCAAAACAAACAACAAAUUCUCAUCAUCAUCAUCAUCCCGAAUGUAAAAGAAAAAGUGAAAAUCUAUUCGCACCCAAAAAAGUAAACUCACUCGAGAAUCUAAACGAUUAACGGAUUAAUUGUGGAUGAUAACGAUCAACAAAAUCGACAACAAUCAAAAGUUAUCAUCGUUAACCAUCUUUACCAUCAUGAUUAUCGUUAUCAACUCAUCAUCAUGAAACAGAAUCAAAUCAAUUUAAACAGAUAAACUGAGUAUGAGAAGAAAACAAAAAGCUGAAUAGUUUCAAUUCAAAUGAAAAUCACAAUCAGACAAAAAAAUUGAUCUUCUCAACAAUUUGCCUGCUUGGUUUACCCUCUACUCACCCUGAUUUUAAAUGUUACCCUUUUGCCCCUCCCCAAACAAAUUGUCACCAUUAUGAUGAUGAUAAUCAACAAUUGAGAAAACUACUUGAACUGUCAUCAUUUCAUGUUCAUCCCAUUUUAAUUGUUCAAUCUCCAUGUCAAGCAAAUUUUUUUACAAUUCACUUAACAUAAUCAACUUCUUUAUUGUUGAUGACAACGUUGAUGAUUAUGAGUAUCAUCAACUAUAUAAUUAUUAUUAAUUCAUUUUAAUUAUUAUUAUUAUUAUAAUUAUAACUACUGUUCUCGAGGCUUCAUCAAGCACGAUGUAGGUUAUGAUUUGCAUCAAGUCAAUACCGUCCACAGAAUCAAUUAUUAAUCAACUGAUGAUUUUAAUUUAAACAAAUUGAAAACCAAACAAAAA